CUUCCGGUUGGUUGUUUUCAUCCGAAGAAAAAAAGAAAGUCGAUGAUGGCGGGGACGUCCAGACACGACCGUGAGAUGGCGCUGAAGGCAAAGCAGCAGCUGUCGGCGUGUUCGGACCCGGUGGAGAGACUCAGACUGCAGUGUCUGGCCCGAGGCUCGUCUGGGAUCAAAGGGCUGGGCAGAACUUUCAAAAUAAUGGACGACAACAACAGUCGCUCCCUGGACCUGAAGGAGUUCCUGAAGGGUCUGAAUGACUACGGCAUCAUGAUGGAGAAGAAGGAGGCCACAGCGCUCUUCCAGCUCUUUGACCGCGACGGAAACGGAACCAUCGACUUCGACGAGUUUCUCAUAACGCUCAGGCCACAGAUGUCCAAAGCCAGGAAGGAGGUGGUCCUGCAGGCCUUUCGGAAGCUGGACAAGACGGGCGACGGCGUGAUCACCGUGGACGACCUGCGGGGCGUCUACAACCCCAAGUACCACCCCAAGUACCAGAACGGGGAGUGGACGGAGGAGCAGGUGUUCAGGACGUUCCUGGACAGCUUCGACUCUCCGUACGACAAAGACGGACAGGUCACCCAGGACGAGUUUAUCAAUUAUUACUCCGGAGUGAGCGCUUCCAUCGACACCGACGUCUACUUUAUUGUGAUGAUGAGAAACGCCUGGAAGCUGUGAGUGAGCGUGGCUGCAGCAACCGAGCCUGCAAGUCUUCUGCAGUAUGUCGCUCGCUAACCUGAACCCUGUCACCGCAGAACAGGACGGGUCCAACGACAUACCAACAGAUCCUUUAGGAACCUCAGUUACAUCUGUCUUUAGUAUUCAAAUACAAACCAGAAAAUGUCUAAAGAAAUUUCAAGUGUGCUUGACCAUGACUCUCAGCCAUACAUUAUUAGAUUACAACUUGAACUGUUUUCAUGGAGAGGCUUUGGUAGCCAAACAACCAGAGCCAUCUGGUGGCCACCAAUCAGAGAAGAGCAAUCAACUGCAAUCAGUUGCACCUAUGACAUUUGACACCACUGAGAGAGAAAAACAGCUGAAAGUUUCCCUUGAACAGAAAGCAUUUCUGGCCAAACUGUAGUUCUUCCUAAACGUCUACAUGUGUUUUGUGUAGAAAAAUGAAGAAAUUGUCUUUUUAGAGCGAUCAGAAGAAACUGGUACCUCUGCUUUCCUCCAGAAAAGUUCCCUCCUUUUUAACAUUGCGGUCUAUGAGGCUGUGGGUGGUGUUGGUGGAUCAUCUGUGCGUCCUACGCCCAAACUAUAACUCUGACAGCUUUAGCAGACCAAUGUGUGAGAAGACAAAUUUUCCUACGUUUCUAUUCAUAAAUUAUUUCUGUAGAGUGGCAUCUGCGACCUCGAGCGCAAUUUCCAAACUUAUUUUUUGACAAAUUUUUCUCUCCCUCCGCACUCUAGCGAUGAUGUCACCAACUCUAGCCUCUCCAUAAGGUUACAUUGGGGGGAUUUUUUUGGAGUGUUUUUGCCAAAUAAUUUGAAAAUAGUUUGUCGAACCCCUUAGAAAAGUCAUAGCACACUUGUCAUGGCCGAGCCGGUCGAUUUGAUACCUUUUUAGUGUAUGUGUGACCAAAACUCUGACGGGAGUGGUCGACCGAAAAAAACAUGGAAGAAUAAAUCUAGGAAUAAGCCCGGUGGAGAGAAUAUAGUGUGCUGUUUCAAGCACACUCAAUAAAACAAAAUAAAUACAUCUAUCUAUCUGUCUAUACUAUAGAUCUAUAGUAUAGAUCUAUACUAUAGAUAGAUGUAACUGAGGCUGGUAUAGAUUAUAUAGGAACCUCAGUAGUUUCAGUAGUUUAGAGACCUUUAAACCAAUCAGUCUUCUUCUUCACUCUUUCCAUCCAAACAUUGCAAAUAAACUCAUUCUAUGAGUUCUAAAUUCUAAAUUCUAUGAAAAUAACCAAUGAAAAUCCAACAUUGAUUUUGAACCGCAGUUCAACAGCAUUAUUUUAAAAAAUAAA